AAUAUUUACUUGUAGAUUAGAUACACAGAAGAUCAUUUCAUUUUAGCCUACUUCUGUUGAACAUGUGUGUUAAAAAGUGACUUCUUUUUAUACUUGGAUAGUUUGAACUUCUUAAUAAUCGUAAUGAAGCUUGUCCUGUUUCUCUUCCUUCUUAGCGUCCUCCACGAAUCCCUCCAGGAACAUUUUAACGCAUUUCUAUGCGACUUCUGCAACUGCACAAACAAAGAAGACCUAACGGUGGUGUGCAAAGAUGGCGACGUAUCGAUACAACACAUCUUCGACGACAACUCAUGGUUCGACGUCGAACGCAAACCGUACCCGUACCGUCACCUGACCAUCCACCGCAUCGAAAUGAUGACACUCGACUCACCCUUCCCCCAAUCCAAUUUGGUGUCGCUCGAAAUAUCUGAAGGUGCAAUUUCGUCGAUUGCUAACGGUGUCUUCAUCAACUUGCAAUCGAUGAGGGAGCUGAGCCUCAGCAGAAACAGGUUGAUUGCUAUAUCACCCGAAGUCUUCAGGGGCAACACCAGUGAAGGCGAGUACCUGCCUCUCAAAUCUUUGAGGGUCUUGAAGCUUGAUCACAAUCAAAUAUUCGAAAUCGAGCCCCAUCUCUUCAAACACAUCACCAAUUUGGAAGUCUUAGAUUUGAGCGUCAAUCCUUUGACGACCAUCACGUUGGAAGCCCAGCAGGCUUUCGCCGAACUAUCCAAUUUAAGAGAACUGUACCUGUCAACGACCAGAAUCAAAACGUUGCCCGACCAUUUCCUCCACACGCACGCCAACCUCGAAGUCUUGGACCUGUCGGGCAAUCCCAUCAGUGCGAUACCGCAAGACCUCAAGUACGCCGAAAACCUGCACACCCUCUACCUCAACGACACCCAACUGAUCACUUUGGACAACAAAACUGGCUUCCCCAAGGUGCCCAACUUGAAGGUCCUGUACAUGUGCCACAUCACCCCCUUAGUGAACAUUUCCGCUGGCGCCUUCAGCGGUUUGGAAAGUUUGGAGGAGCUGUACCUGAACGACAACGUGAAUCUGCGACAAAUCGAUGAUUACGCCUUUGCCGAAAAACAAGAGGAGGGUGGGGCCAUUUAUCCGCCAAUAAAAAAGUUUUACAUUCAAAACAACAAGUUGGAGUCGGUGGCCAGGGAACUGAUAGCCUCCUGGGAUCGACUCGUUGGCCUGGACUUGGGGGGCAACAAAUGGAGCUGCGACUGCACCAACCAGUGGAUCAUCGACAACUUGCUACCCACUUAUGCCACAAUAGAAGGCAUUGAAAAAUCCAAGGAAUUAAAGUGCGGGUCACCCAUAGAAAUGGACGGCAUAUACAUGCAUGCCUUAAGGGAAAAACAUUAUCAGCUUAGGUGCCUUGAUGUGUACGGAGCAAGACCUGAAAACGAUGGCACCAUUUUGAUUGGACUUCUGGCAGGAAUACUUAUCACCAUUCCUUUGGUUUUAUUCCUGAUGUAUGCUUAUCAAAGGAACUGGUUUGGUCUGUUCUCAUCAUCACCGGCAGCCUACUCCCGCCAGUUCUACAACAGAACCACCGACGAUAACAUGUUUUAAUUUAUUUUUAUAAUUAGUGCCUAGGUUGUAUUUUGAUGUUGUAAUUAUUAGAUUGUGAUUUUUAUUAUUUUAUAUAUGUAGUUGUAAAAUAAACCUAAUAUUAAACAAAACAUAUUCUCGA